AUGAGCAGGCUCUCUGAUCAGCAGUUGCAAGCACAGUGGCUCAGCAAGGCGAGCCCUGACCAGCGACAACAGUGGUUCAAUAAGGCGCCACCAGACCAACAGCAAUGGACAACAGCAGCAAGUACCGCGCGAGAGCAAUCAACACCGAGAGAAUGCGGCCCGGAGCCCUUCUAUCAACAGCCUGAACGGAGCAAGGUCGUCUACCUCAAGCCCACUGGCUGCACCCUCAACGAUGGCCACCUCAGUGACUACCGCUUCGCCUCUGAGUACGACAGCAGUGCGAGAAUCCACGAAUGCAUCCUCACCUACGCGAAACGAAGAUACAGCGACGCUGGGCGCCGUCUCACCUAUUUCUAUUGUGCCACGCUCGAUGCAAGCACCGAACGCUAG